CGGGGCUGCAGCAGCGCAGGGGCCGCGGCGGCAUCAGCUGGGGACAGAGCGCGGCGGCGGCAGGAAUAGUGAAUAGUUCCAAUGAUGGAGGACGGGAAGCCUGUUUGGGCUCCACACCCAACUGAUGGGUUUCAGAUGGGGAAUAUCGUGGAUAUUGGCCCUGACAGCUUAACUAUUGAACCGUUAAACCAGAAAGGCAAGACUUUUCUGGCUGUUAUCAACCAAGUGUUUCCUGCAGAAGAGGACAGUAAAAAGGAUAUGGAGGAUAAUUGUUCACUAAUGUACUUAAAUGAAGCUACACUCCUUCACAAUAUCAAAGUGCGGUACUGUAAAGACAGAAUUUAUACCUACGUAGCCAACAUUCUUAUUGCAGUGAACCCAUACUUUGAUAUUCCUAAACUUUAUUCUUUGGAGACUAUUAAAAAGUACCAGGGUAAAUCACUUGGGACAUUAGCACCACAUGUCUAUGCAAUAGCUGAUAAAGCAUUCCGUGACAUGAAAGUACUCAAGAUGAGUCAGUCCAUCAUAGUUUCUGGAGAAUCAGGAGCUGGCAAGACAGAAAAUACAAAAUUUGUUCUGAGGUAUUUGACUGAAUCCUAUGGUACCGGUCAAGAUAUUGAUGAAAGAAUAGUAGAAGCCAAUCCACUCUUAGAAGCCUUUGGAAAUGCAAAGACUGUUCGCAACAACAAUAGCAGCCGUUUUGGAAAAUUUGUAGAAAUCCACUUCAACGAAAAGAAUUUGGUGGUUGGUGGAUUUGUAUCACAUUAUCUUCUGGAGAAAUCCAGGAUCUGUGUGCAAGGCAAAGAGGAGAGGAAUUACCACAUCUUUUACAGGCUUUGUGCAGGUGCUCCUGAAGAUAUUAGGCAAAAACUGUAUUUAAGUUCUCCAGAUAACUUUAGGUAUUUAAAUCGUGGCUGCACUAGAUACUUUGCUACCAAAGAGACAGAUAAGCAAAUUUUGCAAAAUCGCAAAAGUCCUGAGUACCUAAAAGCAGGUUCCCUGAAGGAUCCUCUACUAGAUGACCAUGGAGACUUCAACAGAAUGUGCACAGCAAUGAAAAAGAUUGGCUUGGAUGAUGCAGAGAAGCUUGAUCUUUUCAGAGUAGUAGCUGGUGUCCUUCACCUUGGAAAUAUUGAUUUUGAGGAAGCUGGGAGUACUUCAGGUGGAUGCAUUCUGAAGAACAAAUCUAGUCAGUCUCUAGAAUACUGUGCAGAAUUGCUAGGUUUGGAUCAGGAUGAUCUGCGUGUCAGCUUAACCACCAGAGUCAUGCUUACAACAGCAGGGGGCACCAAAGGAACAGUUAUAAAGGUACCCUUGAAAGUAGAACAAGCAAACAAUGCACGUGAUGCCUUGGCUAAAACUGUAUAUAGUCAUCUUUUUGACCAUGUGGUAAACCGAGUAAACCAGUGUUUUCCAUUUGAGACCUCCUCUUUCUUCAUUGGCGUUCUAGAUAUAGCUGGUUUUGAAUAUUUUGAACACAACAGUUUUGAACAGUUUUGUAUUAACUACUGUAAUGAAAAGCUGCAGCAAUUCUUCAAUGAAAGGAUUCUGAAAGAGGAACAAGAACUUUACCAGAAAGAAGAUCUAGGAGUCAAUGAAGUGCACUAUGUAGAUAAUCAGGAUUGUAUAGAUCUGAUUGAAGCAAAAUUAGUAGGUGUGCUGGAUAUUUUGGAUGAAGAAAAUCGUCUUCCACAACCAAGUGACCAGCAUUUUACUUCUGCGGUGCAUCAAAAACACAAGGAGCAUUUCAGACUAUCUAUUCCCAGGAAGUCUAAAUUGGCUGUUCACAGAAAUAUCAGAGACGAUGAGGGCUUUAUUAUCCGACAUUUUGCUGGAGCAGUGUGCUAUGAGACGACCCAGUUUGUGGAGAAAAACAAUGAUGCUUUGCACAUGUCCCUUGAAUCUCUUAUAUGCGAAUCCAAGGAUAAGUUUGUCCGGGAACUAUUUGAAUCUACCACUAAUAACAACAAGGAUCCCAAACAAAAAGCAGGAAAGCUUAGCUUCAUCAGUGUGGGAAACAAAUUCAAGACUCAAUUAAAUUUGCUCCUUGAAAAGCUUCGCAGUACUGGGUCAAGCUUUAUUCGCUGCAUCAAACCUAAUUUAAAGAUGACAAGUCACCAUUUCGAAGGGGGACAGAUUCUUUCUCAGCUUCAGUGUUCAGGUAUGGUGUCUGUUUUGGACUUGAUGCAAGGUGGCUUCCCAUCACGAGCAUCAUUUCAUGAGCUAUACAAUAUGUACAAAAAGUAUAUGCCUGCAAAACUAGCUCGACUGGACCCUAGACUUUUCUGCAAGGCACUAUUUAAAGCCUUGGGCUUAAAUGAAAAUGAUUACAAAUUUGGAUUAACAAAGGUGUUUUUUAGACCUGGCAAGUUUGCAGAGUUUGAUCAGAUAAUGAAGUCUGAUCCAGAUCAUCUAGCGGAGCUGGUUACACGAGUCAAUCACUGGCUUAUCUGCAGUCGCUGGAAAAAAGUUCAGUGGUGUUCUCUCUCAGUGAUUAAAUUGAAAAACAAAAUAAAAUACCGAGCUAGUGCCUGCAUUAAAAUACAAAAGACUAUUCGUAUGUGGCUUUGCAAGAGAAAGCACAAACCACGCAUUAAUGGCCUAAUAAAAGUGCGUACACUGAAAAAGAGACUUGAUAAAUUUAAUGAAGUAGUAAGUGCUCUGAAAGAGGGAAAACCAGAGAUGAGCAAGCAGAUCCGGGAUCUGGAGUUAUCUAUUGAUGCUUUGAUGGUCAAGAUUAAGGCCACUGUGAUGACGAGGGAACAGAUACAGAAAGAGUAUGAUGCUCUAGUUAAGAGCUCAGAGCAGCUUCUGAGUGAGCUACAGAAAAAGAAGCAGCAAGAGGAGGAAGCGGAGAGGCUGCGACGCAUCCAGGAGGAAAUGGAAAGAGAAAGGAAAAGACGUGAAGAGGAGGAGCAACGUCGGAGAAAGGAAGAGGAGGAAAGGCGACUAAAAUCUGAGAUUGAGGCAAAGAGAAAACAGGAAGAAGAAGAGAGGAAGAAGAGGGAAGAGGAAGAAAAACGUAUUCAGGCUGAAAUUGAGGUACAACUAGCUAGAGAGCGUGAAGAAGAGACCCAACAACAGGCAGUCCUUGAACAGGAACGUCGUGACCGUGAACUUGCGAUGAGAAUUGCACAGAGUGAAGCAGAGCUAAUCAGUGAUGAGGCUCAGCUUGAUUUAGGAUUGCGAAGAUUGGAUGCUGAAAUUAUUCAGCCUGUUCCAGUAUUUGCUAAAGUCAAUGGAACAAGGCCUCAAAUGACUGCGGAACAAAUGGCCAAAGAAAUGUCAGACGUUUUGUCUAGGGGCCCUGCAGUUCAAGCCACAAAAGCUGCGGCUGGCACUAAGAAACAUGAUCUUAGUAAGUGGAAAUAUGCAGAACUUCGUGACACAAUCAAUACUUCCUGUGAUAUUGAACUACUGGCAGCUUGCAGAGAAGAGUUUCACAGACGACUAAAAGUAUAUCAUGCGUGGAAAUCCAAGAAUAAGAAACGUAAUACAGAAACAGAACAGCGUGCUCCAAAAUCAGUCACUGACUAUGCUCAACAGAACCCAACAGCUCAGUUGCCUGCCAGACAACAGGAGAUUGAAAUAAACAGACAACAGCGUUACUUCCGUAUUCCCUUCAUUCGCCCAGCAGACCAGUAUAAAGAUCCUCAGAACAAGAAGAAAGGUUGGUGGUAUGCACAUUUUGAUGGGCCUUGGAUUGCUCGACAAAUGGAACUUCAUCCUGACAAGCCACCUAUUCUGCUUGUAGCGGGGAAGGAUGAUAUGGAGAUGUGUGAACUAAAUCUUGAAGAGACUGGCUUAACUCGAAAGCGUGGUGCUGAAAUUUUGCCGAGACAGUUUGAAGAGAUUUGGGAGCGCUGUGGAGGCAUCCAGUAUCUUCAAAAUGCAAUUAAGAGUAGACAAGCUCGCCCUACAUAUGCAACAGCUAUGUUGCAAAGCCUAUUAAAAUAGUCACUUUGCACAUUGAUAUUAGAGUUGAGAACUCUUACCAUGAUAUAAAGGGAAGAGUUCCUCUAUGCAACAGAGGAUUUAAACAGUCUGUAAUUGUGUUAGAGAUGUUUAAUUUAAAGUGAACAGAUUUUAUUAAUCAUGGGAGUUUAAUUUGUAUUUUUGAUGUUUAAUUUGUGUAGUGAACUCACUAAUUCUAUGGACCCUGCAGAAGUUUCAGUCAACUAUGUUUGUUGCAUUUUCUUUAUAUGCUGCAUCCUUCUCAAAAGCUUCUGUUAUAAUGCUAACACUGUAAAAUAACACUAUUGUACUUAGGGUACAUACUAGGAUAAACUCCAUUACAACUUCCUUUUUAUAAAAUCCUCUUCAGAACAUGUACAAUAGUAACCUUUCAAGGAUGGUCUAGUGAAGAGGGUACAAUGUAUCUUAUAACUGGAAUUGUGAGGCCUUAGCUUUAACUUCUUCUCCAGAGAAGUUGGAGUGUACAGUACUUCUAUAUGAUCAAAGACAUUUUAUGUCCUGAUCUGAAAGCUGCUCAACAUCUGUAUGUACUGACUUUUUCAGAAACUUAUGGGAAAUCUUUAAUUUCUUACCUUGUUUCAUAGUUUAACUGACAUUGUUCUUUUAUAUGUUUUGAGAUGAGCACACAUGUAUUUGAAGUAUUGUGUAAUAAUGGAGGGACUCAAAGGUUGUACUGCACAUUUAGGCUUGCAUUUUUUUUCUUUUUUUUUUAGGAUUUUUUUUUAAAUACAGAUUUCUUGCAAACACCAAUUAUAUUUUUCUGACAAAACUUUGUUAGAAGUCCUUCGAUAGUUAAAUUACCCAGGUAGUGUAAUUUAAAUAUAUGAUGCAAAAAUUGUCUAAGAUAUUUCUUUAGAUACAUUUAAGAGUAAAGGAAAGCAUAAGGGAAAUGUUGUUUUUUUUUUCCUUUUUUUAAAUAGUAGCAUAGCUUAUUAGAAUACAGAGGACUGAAUUUCAGAGAUCCUUUUUACUUUAAUCCAUGCACACACAUUGUUACUUCUGUUAUAUGGCAUCAGAGUCUUGCCCAGCAACACAUCACUGGAGUGUCUAAUUACAGUAUGCUACUUCAAAUGGCUACAUUUUUUGGUCUCCAGUAAAAACAAACUUUUUCCUUCAAUCACUCUGAUUUCUUUGUACUUAAUCUCCCUUCAGGGUUUCUAGCUUUA